CACGCAUCAUCCCCAAGCAGCACGCAUCAUCCCCAAGCAGCACGCAUCAUCCCCAAGCAGCACGCAUCAUCCCGAAGCAGCACGCAUCAUCACCAAGCAGCACGCAUCAUCCCCAAGCAGCACGCAUCAUCCCCAAGCAGCACGCAUCAUCCCCUAGCAGCACGCAUCAUCCCCAACCAGCACGCAUCAUCCCCAAGCAGCAGGCAUCAUCCCGAAGCAGCACGCAUCAUCCCCAAGCAGCACGCAUCAUCCCCCAGCAGCACGCAUCAUCCCCUAGCAGCACGCAUCAUCCCCAAGCAGCACGCAUCAUCCCAAGCAGCACGCAUCAUCACCAGCGCACGCAUCAUCCCCAAGCAGCACGCAUCAUCCCCUAGCAGCACGCAUCAUCCCCAACCAGCAUCAUCCCCAAGCAGCAGGCAUCAUCCCGAAGCAGCACGCAUCAUCCCCAAGCAGCACGCAUCAUCCCCCAGCAGCACGCAUCAUCCCCUAGCAGCACGCAUCAUCCCCAAGCAGCACGCAUCAUCCCCAAGCAGCACGCAUCAUCCCCAAGCAGCACGCAUCAUCCCCAAGCAGCACGCAUCAUCCCCCAAGCAGCACGCAUCAUCCCCAAGCAGCAGCAUCAUCCCCAAGCAGCACGCAUCAUCCCCAAGCAGCAGCUCAUCCCCAAGCAGCACGCAUCAUCCCCAAGCAGCACGCAUCAUCCCCAAGCAGCACGCAUCAUCCCCAAGCAGCACGCAUCAUCCCCAAGCAGCACGCAUCAUCCCCAAGCAGCACGCAUCAUCCCCAAGCAGCACGCAUCAUCCCCAAGCAGCACGCAUCAUCCCGAAGCAGCACGCAUCAUCCCCAAGCAGCACGCAUCAUCCCCAAGCAGCACGCAUCAUCCCCAAGCAGCACACAUCAUCCCCAAGCAGCACGCAUCAUCCCCAAGCAGCA